GAGCCAGGGGCCGGCCUCGCCUCACAUGGUGCUGGCCGCAGCCAUGAGCCAGGACGCGGAUCCCAGCGGCCCGGAGCAACCCGACAGAGAUGCCCGCAGCGUGCCGGGUGCACCGGCGCCCCCCGCGGCCCCCGCGCCCCCAGGCCCGCGAGGGAUGCCGCCGCCGCCGCCCCCAGCCGGCCUACCGCAGAUCAUCCAAAAUGCCGCCAAGCUCCUGGACAAGAACCCGUUCUCGGUCAGUAACCCGAACCCUCUGCUUCCUUCGCCCGCCAGUCUCCAGCUGGCCCAGCUACAAGCCCAGCUCACCCUCCACCGGCUGAAGCUGGCACAGACAGCUGUCACCAACAAUACCGCAGCCGCCACGGUCCUGAACCAAGUCCUCUCCAAAGUGGCCAUGUCCCAGCCUCUCUUCAACCAGCUCAGGCAUCCGUCUGUGAUCAGCGCCCCCCAGAGCCAUACGGGGGUGCCUCAACAUGCUGCGGCCAUGCCCAGCGCCCGGUUUCCCUCGAAUGCCAUUGCCUUCUCACCCCCAGGCCAGACGCGAGGCCCGGUACCCUCUGUGAGCCAACCCCCCAAUGCGGUGGUGAUGCAUCCUUUCAGUGGAGUCCUGCCUCAGACCCCUGCCCAGCCAGCAGUCAUCCUGGGCAUUGGCAAGACUGGGCCUGCCCCUGCUGCAGCAGGAUUCUAUGAGUAUGGCAAAGCCAACUCCAGCCAGGCAUAUGGCUCUGAAACAGACAGUCAGCCCAGCUUCCUGCCAGCCACAGCCUCUACCACGGGCAAUGUGACCUAUGAAGGGCACUACAGCCACUCAGGGCAAGAUGGCCAAGCUGCCUUUCCCAAGGACUUCUACGGACCCAACUCCCAAGGGUCGCAUGUGGCAGGUGGAUUUGCGGCCGAGCAGGCCGGGGGCAUGAAAGGCGAGGUAGGUCCCCUGCUGCAGGGUCCAAACAGCCAAUGGGAGACCCCCCACGGAUUCUCUGGCCAAAGCAAGCCCGAUCUUACAGCAGGCCCUAGCCUGUGGCCUCCACCCCCCAGCCAGCCCUAUGAGCUCUAUGACCCCGAGGAGCCCACCCCAGACAGGACCCCUCCUUCUUUUGGGGGUCGGCUAAACAACAGCAAACAGGGUUUCAGCAGUGCCCGGAGGCGGGCCAAGGAGGAGCAGGCAAUGCUGUCCGUGCGGCCCCUGCAGGCUCAUGAGCUGAAUGACUUUCACGGUGUGGCUCCCCUUCACCUCCCACACAUCUGUAGCAUCUGCGACAAGAAGGUGUUUGAUUUGAAGGACUGGGAGCUGCAUGUGAAAGGGAAACUACAUGCUCAGAAAUGCCUGGUCUUCUCUGAAAAUGCUGGCAUCCGGUGUAUACUCGGUUCAGCAGAGGGAACGCUGGGUGCCUCUCCCAACAGCACAGCCGUUUAUAAUCCUGCUGGGAACUCUGAAGAUUAUGCCUCAAACCUUGGAUCAUCGUAUGCGGCCAUUCCAGCAAGGUCAUUUGCUCAGUCAAAUCCUGCGUUUCCUUCGGCUUCCCCGGGGACAAACUUUGCACAGCGGAAAACGGGUGCUGGCCGCGUGGUGCACAUCUGCAAUCUCCCUGAAGGAAGCUGUACGGAAAAUGAUGUCAUUAACCUGGGGCUGCCUUUUGGAAAGGUCACUAAUUACAUCCUCAUGAAAUCUACUAAUCAGGCCUUUUUAGAGAUGGCUUACACAGAAGCUGCCCAGGCCAUGGUCCAGUAUUACCAAGAAAAAUCUGCCAUGAUCAAUGGUGAGAAGUUGCUCAUUCGGAUGUCCAAGAGAUACAAGGAAUUGCAGCUGAAGAAACCCGGGAAAACGGUGGCUGCCAUCAUCCAGGACAUGCAUUCCCAGAGGGAGAGGGACAUGUUCCGGGAAGCAGACAGAUACGGCCCAGAAAGGCCACGGUCUCGCAGUCCGGUGAGCCGGUCACUGUCCCCGAGGUCCCACACGCCGAGCUUCACCUCCUGCAGCUCUUCCCACAGCCCUCUGGGCCCCACCCGCACCGACUGGGGCAACAGCCGGGACUUGUGGGAGCACUCGCCCUAUGCCAGAAGGGAGGAAGAGCGAGAUUCGAGCCCCUGGAGGGAGAAUGGAGAGGACAAGAGGGACAGGGCAGACGCGUGGCCACAUGAUCGCAAACACUACCCCUGGCAACUGGACAAAGCGGAGUUAGAUGAGCGGCUGGAAGGAGGGAGGGGCCACCGAGAAAAGCACCCAAGGCCCGGGUCCCCCAGCCCGCUGCACUCCGCCUCGGGCUACAAAAGCCGAGAAGACAGCUACUACCGGAAGGAGCCCAAAGGCAAAUCGGACAAGUAUGUAAAGCAGCAGCAGGAAGCUCCCGGGAGGUCCAGGAGGAAAGAGGAGGCCAGGCUGCGGGAGAGCAGACACCCCCACCCCGAGGACUCAGGCAAGGAAGACGGGCUGGAGCCGAAGGUCACUAGGGCCCCUGAGAGCGUCAAGUCUAAGCAGAGUGAGAAAAACAGAACCAAGAGACCGGAUAGAGACCAAGAAGGAGCUGAUGAUAGAAAAGAAAGCAGAAUGGCGGGGAAUGAGGCUGGAAAAGAGGAGCAGGAGGGCAUGGAAGAAAGCACUGCAUCAGUGGGCAGGCAGGAGAAAGAAACAGAAUCCUCUGAUGCAGAGGACACAAGGACAAAGGAGCAAGACUGGGAGAGUGGAAGUGAGGCAGAAGGGGAGAGCUGGUAUCCCACUAACAUGGAGGAGCUGGUUACAGUGGACGAGGUUGGGGAGGAGGAAGAUUUUAUUAUGGAACCAGACAUCCCAGAACUGGAAGAAAUUGUGCCCAUUGACCAGAAGGACAAAAUCUGCCCAGAAACAUGUCCCUGUGUGACGUCCACCUUAGACCUGGACGUAACCAAGGAUUUCACCAACGAGUGUGUGAAGCCCGUAGGUAACGGGGCUACGGAACUCAGCCUCAAGUCACCCAGAGAUCUGCCCUCUGCUUCCACGAGCUGUCCCAGUGACAUGGACGUAGAAAUGCCUGGCCUAAAUCUGGACGCUGAGCGGAAGCCAGCUGAACGUAAGACAGACCUCUCACUGGAGGGUUCAGAUUGCUACGAGAAGCAGGCAAAGGGAGGGGAGAGCUCCGAUGUUCAUCCGGCCCCUCCACUCCAGCAAAUGUCUUCCCCCAAGCCAGCAGAGGAGGGGGCCCGGCAGCCUAGCCCACCUCUCGAUGACUGCAAGGCCGGGGGGCCCCCCGAAGAUGGGGCAUGUGAAGGCGGUCCCCUGGAGGGGAAAGCCAGCCCCCGCACCGAAACUGACCUCCAAAGCCAGGCUUGCCAAGGAGUGUCCACCCAGGAAAACUCCAGGUACAUGGAAGUAAAAUCUUUGGAUGUGAGGUCACCGGAAUACACGGAAGUGGAGCUGAAACAGCCCCUCUCUUUGCCUUCCUGGGAGCCCGAGGAUGUGUUCAGUGAACUUAGCAUUCCCCUAGGGGUGGAGUUCGUGGUGCCCAGGACUGGGUUUUACUGCAAGCUGUGUGGGCUGUUCUACACCAGCGAGGAGAUGGCGAAGAUAAGCCACUGUCGCAGUGCUGUUCACUACAGGAACUUACAGAAGUACUUGUCCCAGCUGGCCGAGGAGGGCCUCAAGGAGACCGAGGGGGCAGGCAGCCCAAGGCCCGAGGACAGCGGAAUCGUGCCACACUUUGAGAGGAAGAAGCUCUAGGCCCCUGCAGCGGCUUCAGCCGGGAGAGGACGGCCUUCUGAGGCGGGGCCUUCCUGACAUCCUGGACAGGAGCUAAAGCCUGGGAGGAAGGCAAACCAGGCCGCCUGAGCUUUUUCUCGGAGACUCAUGAAACCGCCCCUCAAGUGUCUCCCUGGUGAGAGCCGUCACCUCGUGUGUCCAGCGGCCGAGCGCUACCCUCUCUCUCCCCGUUGAUUCUUGUUUCCUUCAAUUUGCUUCUCUUCUUUCCCCUCCUCCUCUCACCUUCUGUGCCAAGGGUCAUUUAUUUUUCAUAAAACCCAACUUCUCAGGGAUUUUCACAGUGUCCAAAUUCUUGGUGGCCAGCCGGAUCAACCAAGGAAGAGAUCUCACAGAAACCCCUGGGUCAAGAACCACUUCAGGGAGCCUGGAGCAUUUUCCCUGCCUGGCAUUCUGAGCAGGGGAGCCGAGUCGGGCCCUGCAGUCCUGGAGAGGGGGGCACCCUAGACCAUCCGUUGGCAGAAGCUGGGAGUUUCUCCAGCGGGACCACUUUUGCGAAAAGCCCCCAUUUUUAAUAACUCUUUCAUCCUCUCAACUAUUCUAGAAGCCCAUCAGAUUCAUGCCUUAAAAUAAAGUUAAUGAAUUUCACAGAGGAGGAAAACCACUCUUCAUUUUGGAACCUCUGUUAAGUCCCCCCCACCGCCCACCGCCCCACAAAGUUAGUUCUGUCCUCAGGAUUUCAGGAGGUACCAGGGUUGGUUCUGUUCCAGACAAUGAAUUUGGUGUAGAUUCACUUCAAUAAAAAAUUAAAACAGUAGUGUCUUUUCCCUUCAGCUGAGACCGUAGUUGGUGUGGGCUUAGGUCAGAUGCUGGCCUCCCAGCCAUGGGUCAUAUUGCUUGAGAGACACGUAAUAAGGAAAUGGUAUCUGUCUUUGAUUCGCUCUUGGUGCCUACACUCUGGACCCCAGCAGCCUCUCAGUGGGAUGGUUUCUAAAAUGGUCUUUGUGGGUGGGGGGCGGUGGAGAAGCUAAGGAAAGAGCAAGGCUGCAGGACUGAAGAGCAGCAUUUCGGGAUUGUCAAGUAUUUAUAGGUGGGCAGGAGGUCAAGGGCAUUUCAGAGGACCCCAUGUGCAGACUUUGAUGUGGAGUGUUAUGAAGAACAGAACUUUUCUUCCUGCAUGGUUUUCUGAUUCUAGAGGUCAGUGCCUUCAGGCCCGAGACUAGAGGGUCUGAUACUCCAUCGGGAGCAUUUGGGACAGAGGUGUUAGGCUUGGCCACAGCUGUAGGGAAGACCUCAAGAAGGUAAGAGGGGAGGCUUGUGCUGUUUCCACAAGCUAAUAAGCUACUUCCCUGGCUCAGCCCCUAGAAGAUGGUUCCUAUGUUUCUAUUCCUGACCACAGAGAGAGAGAGAGACCAGGAAGGGAUUGUUUGUUUUCUAUUAUUUUUUGCAAUUUUUAUAAUAGGUGAGAUUUUUUUAUGGUAGAUACCUAUACUGCACAUUCUGUCCUCUGCACUAAUGGUGAAAGAAUAGAAAAAUCAUCUGAGUUUGACACUGACAUUUUAUCAGUAAGUCUGAGGCACAGAGAAGAAAAAAAUGUAGAAUAUAAAAUGUAUAAAAUGAUCCUGCGUAAACUUUGGGGCACAUGGUCACUGGUGAGAAGAGUUGCGGGGAACCUGUCAAAGAGAACAGUGAAGGAAAGUACCCGAGGCAGACCAGCCAGCCCCUGGGCAUGAGCAGUGAGAGGCUGGAGGAAGCAGGAAGCCUGACCUUGGCAUUAGGCCAUCUGGGGGCCUCGGAAAGGUUGGUGUCUCCAAGAGAGUGGGCUCUGAAAAUGGUGGCUCAGCUCUAGCUGCCUCCACAGGUUUUUACCUGGUGUUCUGGAGACCAGCCUCCUCCAUUUCUGGGAAAAUCUCUGGCCCUAUUUGUCUUUCCUCCCACCUGGGGGAUGUCUAGGGUCAGCUCCCUGGCCUCCUCGGGAACUUUGCUGGGAAAAGCCUACCACCUCCAUCAGAGGCUGGAACUGAGCAUUUUCAGAGAAGCUGGCAGUCUUUUCUCCCAGCAAAGUGGAAGCUGACCCCUCCGGCUCAUCCCGAAGCACUGUUUCCAUGGAAACCAGGAUAGCUGUUCAAACAGCCUCAUUCCCAAGUAGCGCAAUGGCUCCCUUGCUGAUAGACUGACCUUCUCCAUAUUGCAAAUCUGGCAAGAGCCCCUGGGAGGGAGAGAGGAGAGGCUCUCUGCGUUCAAUCAGAACCUUCAGUUUAAAAAUCAUCUAAGAUUCUGUACUGGUGUAUAUAUAUAUAUAUAUAUAUACAUAUAUAUUUAUUUCUAUUUAUUUUUAUACAAUUCCAUUGGCAUGGUCCUUUACCCACUCUAUAAUUUGCACUCCUUGUUCCUACAUGUGUCAUACACAAGGCAGUAUUAAAGAAAACCAGGAAAAUACUGAUCUAUUUUUUAAAGCUUUUCUUCAGUGUUUGUCAAACAUUUCAAAGUGUCUCCCCAAAAAGCUUGUUUGAGAGCAGCUGCUACCUUGAGCAACAGAUUCAUUUGUACCCUGGGUUAAGAUACCAAAAGGCCGAUGUACUUUUCAUUGUAAACACCCAAAAUAAAGUAUAUCCAGAUGUUAUUCCCAAAGAAUUUGGUAGAUUUGAUGUUGGUGUGAGAACAGCCAUUACUAUCCGGGUUUCCCUUUCUUGGACAAGUGUAAGGCUGUGAUCUGUUAGAAUGUACUUGAACUGGACCAGAGUUUGUUUUUUGAGCUUAUGAGAAAAAGAAAAAGAAAAACACUAGUUAAGCUUGAACUUGUAAAGUAUUGGAAUUUGUUGAGUGUCUUAUAAAUUGUCAUCGCUUUUCCUGAUCUGUAUAAUUGACCGCCAUGUUUGUUUUUACAAAAAGAAAAAAAAGAUUUUUAAUA